CUUGUGUGUGCAUAUAUUUAUAAGUUAGGAUUCGAAAACACACGUUUUUAACACACAUCGUAAAAAUCAGAUCGAUUUUGACACAAAGUACAAAAUGGCUAGAUUCGUCGUUGCCGGUUGUUUCGCUAUGUGUUUACUGAGUGUGGGAGGGGAAGGGGUGAUAGACACAUCGUCGCGUUGUGAUUUUCCGGCAAUUUACAACUUUGGAGACUCCAACUCAGAUACUGGUGGUAACUCAGCUUCAUUUUACCCCAUGGUAUCACCCUGUGGUGAAACUUUCUUCCACAGACCCGCCGGAAGGGGUUGUGACGGCCGUCUCAUCAUAGAUUUUAUUGCAAAGCAUUUGGAGUUGCCAUACUUGAGUCCAUAUUUGGACUCACUUGAGAGCAAUUUCAGGCACGGUGCCAAUUUCGCUAGCGGCGGAUCUACCAUCCGGCCUUACAAGGAGGCCAUGUUUGAAAAUGGUGUGAGCCCUUUUUAUCUUGAAAUCCAGAUUGCUCAGUAUCAGCAGUUCAAGUCACGUACCACAACUCUUUCCAAACAAGCCAAGAAACAAUCCGACAGAUUCCCAAUAAUCGAUGACUUCUCAAAGGCGCUCUACACUUUCGAUACAGGACAGAAUGAUCUAGCUGCUGGUUUUCGGACAAAGUUCAGCAGUGAACAAUUUGAAGCAGAAAUCACAGACAUGAUUAACCAGCAUGCUAACGCCGUACGAAAUUUGUAUGAACAAGGGGCAAGGACAUUCUGGAUACACAACACGGGUCCGAUUGGUUGCUUGGGAGUGACCUUAAGCUACCUCCAUAAUCCGAGCCCCGGCUUCAUUGACAGCCAAGGUUGUGACAAGUUUCAGAACGACAUGGCUAGGAAGUUCAAUAGGCAGCUGGAGCAGAAAGUGAUUCAGCUAAGGAAGGAGCUCCCCCUUUCUGCCAUAACAUAUGUCGAUAUCUUCGCUGCAAAGUAUGAACUGCUCAGCAACGCAAAGAAGCACGGAUUUUUGGAUAAGGCAAGCAUCUGCUGUGGGUACCAUGACGAAAACAACCAUGUGUGGUGUGGGAAUAAGGGCACCUUAACUAAUGGGACUCAAGUAUAUGCUGGUUUAUGUAAGGAUCCUUCCUUGUAUAUCAGCUGGGAUGGCGUACACUACACCGAGGCUGCGAACCGUUGGAUUGCAGAUCGAAUAGUCCACGGUUCGUUCACAGACCCGCCGGUUUCGAUCAAAAGUUCAUGUCAUACAACUCAACCUGAGUAGCUGGUUCCAUAUGUGAUUCUUCAUUUUUUUGUUCUAUCUCCCAGACCCUGCUUAA